AUGGUAUUAGGAGAUUCACCUGUAUUGGAAGGAGCAAGACAAUGGGAAAAGGAAUGUUUAGGAACAUUCUGUAUUAAACCAAAUUAUCCUGGUCGUUGUUCUCAUAUUUGUACGGCUAAUUUCUUAGUUAAUGCUGGGAUUAGAGGUAAAGGGAUUGGAAGAACUUUAACUGAUUGUUAUUUACAAUGGGCUCCAAGAUUAGGAUAUACUUAUUCGAUGUUUAAUUUAGUAUUUGAAAGUAAUGUGGCUGCUCGUAGGAUUUGGGAAUCAUUAAAUUUCAAAAGGGUUGGUAGAGUUAAAUCAGCUGGGAUUUUAAAAGGUCAUGAUCAAGCUGUUGAUGCUAUAAUGUAC